GGACAAAGGAGAUUAGAAGAGUAGGAAAAAAAGACAGGAAGAAGGAAACAACUCUAGCAGUCAGAGAAAGAUAUAUUAUGGCUGUCGGGAUAAACGCGCUGGCGGUGACGUUUGUGGCGCACGCGCUGGCGGUAAUAGCAGCGAUUAUGGUGCUGGUUUGGAGUAUCAGUUACAGAGGUGGAUUGGCCUGGGAAGCUACUAACAAGAACCUCAUCUUUAAUCUGCAUCCUGUUCUGAUGCUCAUCGGAUUUAUAAUCUUGGGAGGAGAAGCUAUUAUAAGUUACAAAUCGCUUCCGCUGGAGAAACCAGUGAAGAAGUUGAUCCACCUUAUACUCCAUGCCAUUGCUCUGGCUCUUGGGAUCUUUGGCAUCUGUGCAGCCUUCAAGAACCACAAUGAAAGCAAAAUCCCUAAUCUCUACAGUCUCCAUUCCUGGAUUGGUAUUGGAGUCAUUUCUCUUUAUGGCUUCCAGUGGGUGUACAGCUUCAUAGUGUUCUUCUUCCCAGGAGGAUCAUCAAAUCUGAGAAGCGGAUUGCUUCCGUGGCACGCAAUGCUCGGCCUAUUUGUUUACAUACUUGCUGUUGGGAAUGCAGCUUUAGGGUUUCUGGAAAAGCUGACUUUCUUGGAGAAUGGAGGGCUUGACAAGUAUGGAUCCGAAGCAUUUCUUAUCAACUUCACAGCCAUUAUCACUAUUCUCUUUGGUACCUUUGUGGUACUCACUGCUUCUGCUAAGUCUCCUUCCCCUUCCUCCUCCAACGAUGAUACUGUUGACUACAGCUAUUCUGCUAUAUAAGACACUUUCUACAUUCCACUCACAUCUGUAUUGCCCCUUGUACUGUCAAAACUCCAUUUAUAUGUGAUGCAUUUGUAGCGAAAAGCUUUGUGUUUUACGACUUUGCUACUUCUGGUGUGUAAAAUCUUCUAUACUAUUGAUGAAUCUUUUA